CAUUCGCCCUCUUCGCCCUGCUCCCAUUCGUUCCUCGAGGAACCCUAGCCGCCGCCCCGAUUAGCCACCGGCCUCCUCUCCGCCAUUGCUGCCUCACCCCACCUCCCGCUCUUCCCACUCCCACUCCCACUCGAAAAUCGGAUCCAUAACCAUCCGGUCCGGUCCGUCGAAGGGGAGGGAAUGGCUACGGCGGCGGAGGACGUGGAGGCGUUCCUGGCGACGUGCGCGUCGUCGGGGGACGCGGAGGACGUGGAGGCGUUCUUGGCGACGUGCGCGGCGUCGGGGGACGCGGCGUACGACGCAGCCAAGGCCAUGCUGGAGCGGCUCGAUGCGCCGACCAAGUACGCCGACCCCUUCCCACGGCCUCCUCUCCUAAGGUCGCGGCAUCCGGCGCCGUCCAGAUCCCAGAGGAGUACGUGGAUGAUUUCGAAGCGGUGGACUUCACUCAGGUUGGUGCUGUACGGCUUGGUUGAGAUCAAAUUCAACGGAGAUGGCGGUUGUCAGGCCUAUGGGAUUCGAUUUUCUGUUUACUUUUUGAGAAUGGCAUGUUUGGUAUCCAGUACAAAACUUACUCUGCAACUUGGAUCUCAUUGGCUCAUCAUGAGAUAUAUACUGGAUAUGUCCCUAUGGAUUACAGAGAAUGUCUUAAGAAGAUGCCAAUGAAUGGAGAGUGGGGUUAUCAUGUUAUGCUGCAGGCUGCCACGGACUUGCUACAGGGCUGGAGGCGGCAUUCGGGGUUGGAGAUGGCAGGAGAAGCAGAGCUCCCUUGUGCCACUCUCUCUACAAAGGUGAUGCUUGCUCCCAUUCAUGGCUUGGUUUGCUAAAUUAGUUGGACUCGUGAUUAACUAACAGUUCUUACAUAUAUGUGUUUUCAUUAAGAAGAAUAACCUACCAUGGUAGAUUAGUUGAUCCAGGGCUUAAGUUAUAUACCAAAAUAAUGCUGAGAGUUCUGUCAGAAGUACCUUGAACCUUUUUAUUUUUUUAAUAUUCUGUUUUGACACUCAUUUAAUGUCAUUUGCAGUCUGAAGUAGAAAAAUAUCAUAAAGAGCUUGAUGACUUCUAUCAUUAUUGGUCAUAGUAUAUUAAAGGGUGUUUAGGUGACCAAUUAGGAAAUAAUCAAUUGUGAGUGCUUAAUAUGGUUACAGCCUGUCAUAUAAAUUACCAAAAUGUUCAGAAUUGGGAUGUGUGAAUGCUCUGUCUUUUCAGUUACAUAGAUUCAUUAUUCAGUCCUCAGGCCAUCUACUUACUGGAAUAGGCAACAAAUGGAGGAGGGUAGACUAUAGAAACUGGUCUAAGGUUGCAAAAGUAGUGGGAUGAACAUCACUUAGCAGUAUACAACUUCAUGACAUAUUCUUAGGUUUAUACUUGAUUAUUUGCAUGAUUUUGGCUGCUCCCAACUCUGUUCUUAGCUGAAGGUUAUUCAUCAAAAUUCAUGGACAUUGGAGGACAUAUUUAUAUGUAUAGUAAGCCUUUUAUUUUCUGGGUGAUAUUUACCAACCCGUCCACCUGAGCAUGAUGCUGCCACUGCUCUCCCUGUCAAGGUCGCCCCUCGGAGCUACUCCUGAUCCACCAGUUGGCGCUCUCCCUUUGUAGGGAGGCAAGGAGCACCGGCAGAUCGAGUCCCCAGUGUUUUCAUCUAGGGCUCUCGACGAGGCAGAUCGGGCCCCAAGUCGUGAUCUUCAUCUCGUGAUGGCCCCGUCGGAGCUCUGCUGCCUGGAGCUCCACUCCGUCGAGGUUCCAGGUCACCCCGUCUCUCUCUGUAUGUCUCUCUCUGACCGUUGCUCCUCCCGUCUUCGGAGCUCAUGUGGGGGAUGUUGUAUGCUCAAGGAAGGAUUGGUUGGUUCAUUUGGUAAAAAAAUUCUCAACAAAAUCACAUGUACCAAGAUACUAUACUGAUCCAGAAAAGGUUUUUGCAACAUUAGGGGGCUAUAUGCAGAAGAUACGUAAAGCGUUUCCUUA